GUCUGCAGUCUCUGGCCAUCUGCUGUACUAUGUCUGCAUCUCUGGUCAUCACCUGUACUGUGUCCGCAUCUCCUGUACUCUGGUCAUCAUCCUGUACUCUGUGUCCGCAGUCUCUGGUCAUCAUCACCUGUACCAUGUCCGCAGUCUCUGGCCAUCUCCUGUACUAUGUCUGCAGUAUCUGGUCAUCUCCUGUACUCUGUCUGCAGUCUCUGGUCAUCUCCUGUACUGUGUCCGCAGUCUCUGGUCAUCCCCUGUACUGUGUCCGCAGUCUCUGGCUAUCUCCUGUACUGCAGUUCAUUGGUUCAGAAUAUUUUUUUUCUUGUUUUCCUCCUCUAAAAUCUAGGUGCGUCUUAUGGAGCGAAAAAUACAGUACUUUUUUUCAAUACAAUGAU